UUUACUGGAAGUGAAUCGGAAUCGCAGUGGUGUGAUCGCCGGAGAAAUGGCGAGCGGAUUGGGGCUGGAGGCGACCGAGCUGCGCCUGGGUUUGCCCGGCGUCGGAGGGGAAGGCGAGGGCGCGAAGAAGAGGGGAUACGAGGAGACAAUCGACCUAAAGCUUCAGCUCCAGACACCCGCCGAUGUGAAAGAACCGGUGGAGGCCGCCGAUAAUAUGGUCAAGAAGAUGCCAAGCGUCAAGAACGUUGCUCAAUGCGGCAGCGUUGUCGAACCGGAAAAACCACCUGCUUCCAAGGCACAGGUUGUGGGUUGGCCACCGGUUAGAUCAUUUAGGAAGAACAUCCUUUCUUGCCACUCUGACAAGGGGGGCAGCAACAUGAAGGAGGACGGUGAAAAGUCCUGCAACUCGAUGGCCUCCUUCAUGAAGGUGAGCAUGGAUGGUGCGCCAUACCUGCGUAAGGUGGAUCUAAAGAUGUACAAGAGCUAUCAAGAGCUCUCCAUGGCCUUGCAGAAGAUGUUCGGCUCCUUCACCAACAAUGGAAACUGUGGCUCGCAGGGAAUGAGUGGUAGGGACUUCAUAAACGAGAACAAGGUGAUGAAUCUUCUGAAUGGAUCUGAGUAUGUCCCAACCUAUGAAGACAAGGAUGGAGACUGGAUGCUUGUCGGUGAUGUUCCAUGGGAGAUGUUUGUCGACUCAUGCAAGCGUUUGCGAAUCAUGAAGGGAUCGGAAGCCAUUGGACUUGCACCAAGAGCUCUGGAGAAGUGCAAGAACACAAGCUGAAUGUUUUGCCCAAAGUAAAACGUCAAACCCAAACUUCUCUCCGGACUUGGAUGUGGACAUCUGCAUGCUUAUUGUGCUUCCAUAUAUAUCAAUUACUGAGUUGCAUAGAAUAAUUUUGUUCAUUAUCUUUUUGUGUGUGGACAGGAAGCAAUGCUAUUCAAGAUUAUGUUUCUUUGUCUGUUUUUAAUUAAUGAUGUCGGUGUGUUUAAUUAAUGAACAAACUAUUCUAGUUAUUAUUAUUAUUA